GGUGGGCUGGUUUUGAACAUACGUGCAGUAAGCAAGCGUUCAACUGUCACCGAUAAAACAAAACCGAGUUCGAGUUUAUUCGUUUCAAGCGUAGCAGAGAUUGGGGUUGAGAGUGGCUGUGACGGCGACGUAAAAAGCUAAGCCAAAAAUAGAAUAACUUGACGUGCAGACACAAACCAAAGCGUGAGCUAAACAAAUUGGAACAGAGGAGCAGUAACUCAGGAUUCACAGCGGCCACAGCAGUUGUGUUGUUGUGCUCACAGUGUGCAGUUCAAUAAGUAUAAUAUAGUACAAUAUUUGUGCCGGGCUGUUAAAGCAGCAUUUUGAAAAUAGCGAACGUGUUUGUAAUAUAGUGUGUGCGUUAAGCUCCAUACGCUGGUAAGGCGUUUGGACAAAUAUUUUAUCAUCAACGGACCAAAUAAACAGAGCCACAAUAACAAGCUGAAAAGUAAGCGACACCACAAGCAUAGAUCAACGCUUUUACAGGCGUUUGAUGUGACAAAAUACUCUAACGGUAGUGGCAAACUACUAAAGGAAGAGGGAAUAUUGUGCAGAACAAUUAAACUGUUACAACUGCUUCAAAACGUCUCACAAAAAGCGCAUGAAGAUGGAGAAGACUCCCCGCUACACGCAACGGGAGCGCAACAUGGUGCUGGGCUUCGCCGCUCAAUACAAGGAUGUUAUCGAGAAUAAGCGCACCGACGCCGAGUCGAAUCGGAAGAAGGACGAAGUGUGGCGCCAAAUAGCAAAGGAGUUCAAUGCGCGCGUCUAUCAUCAGCGCUCCUCCAAGCAAUUACGUCAGCUCUACAAAAACAUGAAAUUGCUGCUGAAGAAGGAUCUCUGCGGCGAAGGCAAAGGCAAUCGCACAUUCAUGGAUCUGCUGAAUACGCUAUCGCAACAGGAGUCCGUCGCACAAUACAUAUCCGAACAGAUGUCGCCGAACGGCGGCAGUGGCAUUGGAAAUGGCGGCUACGGCAGUAAUCGACAGCACAAAUACGACGAUGACUACGAUGACUCAAAGAAUCCCUUCCCACAACUAGCCUCGCUCGGCUACGAUGGCAUGGACCCCGAUGUAAUUGUUAUUAAAUCGGAGGACAUCAGUGAUAAUGAUCAAUCACAGGCGCCUGAGGAUAUGGACGAUGACGAUGGUGACUGUCUGAGUUCCAAAGAUAUACCCGAGGUUUGUUUAGAGGAAGAAGAUGAUGAGAUCUUCGCCACCGAUUUGCGUCAUUCUACGCCUGUACAAUCGGCGCAUGCGUCACAACGCGCCUCCUUCAAUUCAAAUGGACCACAUCAGCAGCAAAAUUCCUCACAACAACCUGAAGUGACAAUACAAAAUGUUGGCGGUAUACGCGUCGGCAGCAUUGGCAGUUUGGCGAACCUGAAGGCGCUGCAGAACGGCGGCAGUAAUUCUGCGUUGAAUAUACCAAACAGCAGUAAUAACGGUAGCAACGGAAAUGGUCAUGGCGCACAUAACGGUGAUCGCCAUACACCCAGCACGCGCCACCAGGUAAGUGCCGAGCAGCAAGCAGCACAGCAGUUGCUACUCAACGGCCUUGGCUUGAGUGCGGUGCAUCCGGCAGAGCCGCCAUUGCCGCAACUGCAACGCGCCACGCACGCCGCUAAUAGCAAUAGCAACAACAAUCUUAUCAAUAGUACAAAUCAGCUGUUAAUGAGCUUGAACGCGAACGCUGGCUUCGCCGGCCUCCAGAAGAGCAGCCACGGUCACGGUCACAGUCAUCACCAUCACAAUGGGCAUGGUCAUGGCAGCAGCGGUGGUGGCGGCUUGCAUAAUCACAGCAACAGCAGCAGUGGUAGUAGCAGCGGCAUCGGUGGCACACACAACGCCAACAAUCGCAACAAUGACUACCUCAUGUCGCUGGCGAUAAAGGAGCGCGAAAGGAAGAUUGACCUGUUGAAUGCGCAGAUAGAUUAUUGGAAGACGCUAACGAAGAAGUUGGACUCGAAUGCUGCGCAUAAUCCGACGCCGGCCUGCAUGUGCCACUUUCCCGGUAAAGUGAAUGGUUUGCAAACGCCAACAAGUAGCAGCUAGUCCGACACGGACUUGGAGGAGGAAGGGGAAAAGGAGCAAGCGGACGGUGUGUGCGGUAUGAUUGAAAAUGAUGCGGCCGCUUUGAUGCUUGGCGCGCGCGCAUUGCGGAAAGACGACAAUGUGCCUGAUAAAGUUGCUGAUGAUGGUGCGCAAGAAUGCCGCGCUGCUGGCGCCGCACAGCUGGAGGAGUGUACAGCUGGCAACUCGGUAGCGUCUUCGGCAAGUGGUGCGACAUUGAGCGAGGCUUUCAAAUUGGCAGCAGAGAACUUCGAGAUACUCGAGUUGGACGCCUAUGCUGAGGAGAUGGAGUUCGACGAGAGCGAUGUAGCGUGUUUGCUAGUGAAAAUGUAUAAAUAGAUGUAUGCGCACAACUGUAAUUUUUUCGUUUAAUAAUAAGCAAAUCGAUUUGUAAGUUUUACCAGUCAAAUUUGUUGUGUUCCACAUAUUUUAUGUUACGCGUUUAUUCUCUUAAUAUUUUUAAGUAUUCGUUUAGUUUUGUUUUUGUUAUGCAGUAUUUUUCCUUAGUUCGUAGUGUAUGUACUUAUAAAAUAGUUUAUUCGAAAUAUUUUUUUGCACUUUUUAAAUGGUACUGAAAUUAGCAAAUGUACAAAUAUGGUUCCUAAUCUAGUCCUCAUGUCAUACAAAAAAUUGGAAAACAAUAACGGCGUUGUUAAUGUAAAUACAACUAUGAAUUUUUUUGCCAAACCAAGAAAAGAAAAUUCCAAAAAAUUGUAACUGGAAAUGAGCAUACGCAUAAAUAAAUAAUAAUCUUCUGAAGUUGCCAUUUUCAUAUACCAAAUGAAAACUUAUUUAUUAAAUAUUUUGUUUUUUAAUAAUUAAAUGAAAAAUAUAAUAAACUAUUUUGUAUUCAUAUUGGAGUAAUUAGUAUAAGUGAAUGUUGUGUUUAAAAGCGAAUCAGAAAUUUCGGUAUUGAAAGUCUGUAACCAGCCUUAUACAUAUUAUACAUAUACAUAU